AUGGUGAGAGUCAAACAAAAGAAUCUUGAAUCUUAUAGAUCUAACGGUACAUAUCCACCCACGUGGCGAAAUCCAACCACUUCAUUCGCACCCGAUCAACAUCGAGUCAGCAUUCACUCAUCACUCAAAUCCAAAACCAAAAGGAGACGCUUAUACAAAGAAGCAGACGACAACACCAAACUCCGAUCAUCAUCAUCAACAACAACAACAACAACAACGAUGCUGCUUCGAAUUUCUGGUAACAAUCUGAGACCUUUGAGACCACAAUUUCUCGCUCUUCGAAGCUCUUGGUUAUCAACUUCGCCGGAGCAAUCUACUCAACCACAAAUGCCUCCGAGAGUACCAAAUCUUAUUGGAGGUUCUUUUGUUGAGUCUCAAUCAUCUUCGUUUAUCGAUGUUAUAAACCCUGCUACACAAGAGGUUGUAUCUAAAGUUCCAUUGACUACUAAUGAAGAGUUUAAAGCUGCGGUAUCCGCUGCGAAGCAAGCGUUUCCGUUGUGGAGAAACACGCCGAUUACUACCCGGCAGCGUGUUAUGCUAAAGUUUCAAGAGCUUAUACGCAAGAAUAUGGAUAAACUUGCUAUGAACAUCACAACCGAGCAAGGGAAGACUUUAAAGGAUUCACAUGGUGAUAUCUUCCGUGGGUUAGAGGUUGUGGAGCAUGCGUGUGGAAUGGCAACCUUACAGAUGGGUGAAUAUCUCCCCAAUGUGUCGAACGGAGUUGAUACAUAUAGUAUUAGAGAGCCAUUAGGUGUUUGUGCUGGCAUUUGUCCUUUUAACUUUCCAGCCAUGAUUCCUUUAUGGAUGUUUCCUGUUGCAGUGACAUGUGGUAAUACCUUUAUUCUGAAGCCAUCAGAGAAGGAUCCCGGUGCUUCUGUAAUACUUGCCGAGUUGGCAAUGGAAGCUGGUUUACCUGAUGGGGUUCUCAAUAUCGUUCACGGAACCAAUGAUACUGUGAAUGCUAUCUGUGAUGAUGAAGAUAUAAGGGCUGUUUCUUUUGUUGGCUCCAACACGGCUGGAAUGCAUAUAUACGCAAGAGCAGCAGCAAAAGGAAAACGUAUUCAGUCAAAUAUGGGGGCGAAAAAUCAUGGACUUGUCUUGCCUGAUGCCAACAUCGAUGCAACUUUAAAUGCGCUACUUGCUGCUGGGUUUGGUGCCGCUGGACAGAGAUGCAUGGCACUGAGUACAGUGGUUUUUGUUGGCGAUGCAAAAUCAUGGGAGGAUAAACUCGUUGAGCGAGCUAAGGCCCUUAAAGUCACAUGUGGGUCAGAACCAGAUGCAGACCUGGGUCCUGUGAUUAGUAAACAGGCGAAAGAACGGAUAUGCCGGUUGAUUCAGUCUGGUGUAGAUGAUGGUGCUAAAUUGCUGCUUGACGGAAGAGAUAUUGUGGUUCCAGGAUAUGAGAAAGGGAAUUUUAUCGGUCCUACCAUUCUAUCUGGUGUUACCCCAGACAUGGAGUGUUACAAGGAGGAAAUAUUUGGCCCUGUUCUUGUGUGCAUGCAGGCAAACAGUUUUGAUGAGGCCAUAUCUAUAAUAAAUAAAAACAAGUAUGGGAACGGUGCUGCGAUUUUCACGUCGUCCGGGGCAGCAGCAAGAAAGUUCCAGAUGGACAUAGAAGCAGGACAGAUCGGUAUUAAUGUUCCAAUCCCGGUUCCAUUACCGUUCUUUUCCUUCACCGGGAACAAGGCCUCAUUCGCAGGAGAUCUUAACUUCUAUGGUAAAAUUCUUGUCACAACUAAACAAAAGAAGAUCCAUUCUCCUUUCUCUUUGCUUAUAUAUAUACUUUGAGUGAACUAUUUUUGCAGGCAAAGCAGGAGUGGACUUUUUCACUCAGAUCAAAACUGUUACACAACAGUGGAAAGAUAUUCCAACUUCAGUAUCUCUGGCAAUGCCAACGUCUCAAAAGCAAUAAUGAGACCUUAACUUCAAAUACUUUUUUUACUUUUGGAUUAUCGAAUCAGCUUCAAGAAGAACCCUUUGUUUAUUUUUCAGCUCUCUAGUAUUUUCUCAUGCUUAGUUUCCUUCUUUUAAUCACUAUGGUGACUAGAACUCUAGAAGUAACCAUGGGAAUAAGAAAAAGUAAAAAUCUCAAAUUUGCCUAAUUUGUCAAAUAAAACCCCUAAAUGACAUUCUUUGAGUCGUAAACUCAUAAAAGUCAAAGUGAAACUUAUAUAUACAAGUUAUUAUGUGUCUUCAUUCCCAAUUGAAACCCAAAAAUCCCUGAAUUCAAUAAACUCGAAUUACGAAAUUUUGAGUUUUAUUUUGACUGUUUUUUAAUUAUCA